UUUAGGGGUUCCGAUUUUAGGGGUUCACAAGGUUGUGUGUUGAUGUCCUGUAGAAGGUCUUCUUCUCCACUUUCUGAUGAUGUCUCCAAUGGUGACCAAUCUCACCACCGUGACAGAAUUUGUGCUCCUGGGGUUCCCUACCCAGGGGACCAUGGGCUUCUUGCACCCGCUGCUCUUCUCCCUGGUCUACCUGUGUGCCCUGCUUGGGAAUGGGCUCAUCGUCCUCAUCACCACCCUGGACCGGCACCUCCACACCCCCAUGUACUUCUUCCUGAGGAGUCUGUCCUUCUUGGAUCUCUGCCUCAUCACAACCACAGUCCCCAAGUCCAUUGCCAACUCUCUGAGGCGCAGCAGCUCCAUCUCCUUCCCAGGCUGUGUCGUCCAGGUCUUUGUGCUGAUUCUCUCAGCAGGUGGAGAGAUGACCCUCCUCACUGUGAUGAGCCUUGACCGCUAUGCUGCCAUCUGCCACCCCCUGCACUAUGACGUCAUCAUGAGCAGGGACAGGUGUGAGCAGCUGACAGCUGUGUCCUGGCUGGGUGGGGGUCUCUAUGCUGUGAUGAACACAGCUGGAACCUUCUCUUUGUCAUACUGUGGGUCCAACGUGGUCCACCAGUUCUUCUGUGACGCCCCUCAGUUACUGGCUAUUUCCUGCUCAGAAAAUGUAAUGAACAAACUUGUCCCCAUUCUCAUUAGUGCGGUGUUGACUCUCUGCUCUUUUAUUUUCAUCAUCAUUUCCUACGUCCACAUCUUCUCUGCUGUCAGGAAGAUCCCAUCCACAGAAGAUGAUGGUCCCAGGGGUGGUGACCAAUCUCACGACCCUGACAGAUUUCGUCCUCCUGAGGUUUCCCACCCAGGGGACCAUGGGCUUCUUGCACCGCUGCUCUUCUUCCUGGUCUUCCUGCCCAGGGGGUACCCAGGGGUGGCGGCAACUUUCCCGCUCACUGUGGAUGGGGCUCGUCCUAGCUCUGACUCCGGGGCCACCCCGUCCCUGUGGGGUCAGGGGGUGAUGGGGCUGGGGGAGGACCAGGUCCUGCCCAUGGAGCCUCCUGGGCCCCUGACAGGCGCCUGA